UUGCGUCAAAUGCGGAACUUAUGCGUGCAUAUAGCCCAUUGCAGAUCUGUAACCGUUUUACCACAGAAAUGAGGAUGAGGUAAAACACAUCUCUAAUUCAAUCAACUGAAUGAGUUAAUAUGAUAAAAAAUCUUUCUACAGACAUUAGAAACUAACUUAAGUUUUUUUUUUUAAACCAUUCUGUGGUUUUCUGAAGUGGAUUUCAAAAACCAUGACAAACAUAAUCAAGAGUAAAUCAUCUCGUACAAUCUAAUAGAAGUAUAUUCUGAUAAAUAAUGAGCGUAAAAUAUUCUUAGAUUGACUGAUGUUUGAUGAACAGAACAUUAAUGUUACGUAAAGUGUAUGUGUGUGUGUUAAUAUCCAGAGUUUAUUAACAUAUUUCAGUGUCAAUAAAAAAACCUUGACUGGACAUUUGACUGGUAAAACUUGACGUGUGUAAUGCCGAGUGCAGUGUCUUCUGGUUUAUCGUGUCUUGAUCGUCGCACUGCAUUCAUCCACUCUGAAUGUGUUUUCUCACAGCUGUGGGUUAGUCGGUUUCAACUCUGAUCUGGUUUAUAUGUUAAGAUCGUGUACAUGGUCACACGCUGUGGAAAAUAUCAACGCAUCCGACCUCAGAUAUCUUUGUCUUCAUCGCUAAUAAAUGUGUUUGCUGGUGUCCUAUUUUUUUCUGCAUUAACACUUCUGCUCAGAUUCAUAGUAAAAUAUUUUAUUGGAUAUAAAUUAAACAACCACAGAAUGAGGACGGCGCAGCUUUUACUCUACUUUCUGCUGGUGUGUCAAACUACAGCGAGUUUAAUAGAUAAACAGGUGAAUUUAGGGGAAAAUGUGACUUUAGACUGUCAGAUUGAUGUAAAAGAGAUUUUUUGGUUUUUCCAGAAACAGACAGAUUCCCCAGUGGUGAUAAUGAGGACUUUCACAUCACAUUCUACAGUCUCUCAAUACUAUGAAGAAAGAUUCAAAGUCAAAUAUUCAUCACUAACUUUGAGCCGGUUAUUUAUUAGUAACAUAACUAUUGAUGAAUUAGGAAUAUAUUAUUGUGUAAAAACAGGCCCAGCUCUACAGCUCAGCAAUGGCACCAGACUUUACAUCUCUGAAUAUCUUCAAAAUCAGAAUCAGAAAGAAGUGAACAAUGACUCACAAAGUAUGAAUGCAGAGCAAACUCCGAUGAUUUUAUACUUCAUACUGAGCAUUGUGAUGUUUUUGGCAAUAAUAGGUGUAUUGCAGAUCAAACUUCAAGUGUGUAAGAAAACACACCAACAAUAUCAAGAUGAGGAACUGGAGCAGCUUUACAGCACAAAUGACGAAGAGUUUUCUGAAGUGGAGUUUCGUCUGUCCCGUUCGACCAACAAGACUUUUGGAAAAAAAGCCCAGGCAAACCUGAUCAAGAGUGAAUCCCCUCUUACAGUCUAACAGAAAUAUAUUCAGUAAAAUAUUAUUAGCUUGAUUGUUGUUUAUUUUAUGUUGACUGAUGUUAUAGAUUGUAUGUAUAAUACAAAA